ACACAACGUUCACUCCUUUCCACUUCUACUUUUACCAAGACUAAAUGAUUGCAGCAGCGUUUCUGUUGAAGGUUUCCACCUUAUUUCAGCUACAUUGGAAGUAGACAUCGUGUUGCUACGAUGGCACAGGUCUACUUGAAUAUUUUCAUCUUCGUAUUGAUCUUUCUGAUGCCCACAGUCAUCAUGAGCAAAGGUUUUAAGGUGAUCCAGCCCCCAUUUCAGGAUGUUAACACUGACAAAACAGCUUCUAUCAGCUGUGAACAUGACGCAGAGAACUUUAACCUUAGGGAUGUUCGUCUAAACCUUAAAAAACCGACAGGAACAAGCAAGCUUUGCCAGAAGGGAAUGCCUAGCUGCCCAAAUAUUAUCCAGCAGCAAAAAACCGACAGACACUAUGUCUUUACUUUAAAAAAUGUUGGUCUUGAACAAAUGAAGUUUACCUAUGAGUGUGAGAUAACAUUGGAAAUAAAUGAUCUGGAUUUGACCGCAACGGGAGAACCAACCCAACUCCUAUACAAUUUUAACGUAAACCAGCCACAGUUUCAGGAUGUUAAUCCAGACCAAACAGCCUCUAUCAGCUGUCAACAUGAUGCAGAGGAAUCAACCGUGCAGGAGGUUGGACUGUACAGGAUUUCACAGGAAAUCCAAGAGAAGAUCUGCCAGAUAGGAACGGAUAACUGCACAAAUAUUGUCGCCUAUCAGGAGAACUCCAAAAAGUUUGUCUUUAUUUUACUAAAUGUUGGACCAGAAGAAAUGAAGUUCAGCUAUCAGUGUGAGAUAAAUGUGAAGUUGGGAAAUGUGAACAACAAAAGCAAAGGAAAACCAACCAAGCUAAAGCAAGUUAAGGACUGUCCUUCUAAUGAGGCCUACUGGAUUCUGAUUGGUCUGCUGUCCCUGAUGUUCCUGUAUGGAUGUGUGAUCACCUGUUUCUUCGUCAGAGUGACAAUGGCAAACAGGAAAACCAAUGGAGCUGGUGAGAACUCCACCUAUGUGAUAAUGAAGCCUCCUCCGCCAAAUAAUCAGUAUGCUGGAAUUUAUGAAAUGCAUGGGUAUCAAGCUUAGUGUUUUUGAGAGUUCAGGUGCAGGAAGUGUUUAUGCUUUCAUUUUUAUGGAAGUUUAUUACCAUGUAUGCCCAACUGGGGGGUCAAAUACCGCCUGAAUAUGCUGUUCUCAUUCACACCAAAAGAAAAGUCAGUGAAAUGGUUGUGAAAUAUUUUUGUUUUCUUAAUCUAUAUAGCUGUUCAUAAGUAUAUCAUUGCGAUUAAAGUCGCUUUCAUAGAUUUUUGUAUUUGGAUGAGAAACUCUGACUUGAAGCUGUGAAUAACAGAACAUAUGACAUUCUUUUUCUUUCCUCUGUGUUGAUUUAACUUAUAUAACUUAAUCAACAUACUAUAUUCAGUUCACCCACAUACUUUACAAUCAUAAAUAUCAGUUUUUUGCUUUUUCUUGUCAUGCAGCUAAAUGCCCUACAGUACCAUGUAAUCUGAUGGGCCUCCAACUGCUUUUUUAUGUAAUAAACAAGCCUCUGUAUAAAAGCAAAAGAUUUAUGGAAGUUAGAACAUAUUAAGUUUUUAAUUAAACUGUAAAAUAUUUGUAGUAUUCUAAACAAUAUAUCCCUCAGAUCUUGUGUCUGUGUAUCUGUCUACCUCUAGUGGACAAGGAAGAAGCUGUAACCAUCAUCACGUAAUAAAUGACUUUAACCCUU